AAAUAUUUAAUAUACUUCUACUAUCAUGUAUUCAACCAUCCUACAGUGUUGGUUUGUUCACACCACCAUGGUACGCUUUUCAAACCAUAUGUAUGUUCUCAUUUCAAUACCAUAUGCAUAGACCGAUGAAAAUUGGCUAAAUUCUUUUUGUUCAAAAAAUAUAUCAAAAUGAAUAUCAUUUUGAAAAAUAUAAUUAAUCUGAUCUAACUGUGAAAAAAAAUUAAAUUUCAACUUAAAAUGAGUGAGAAAUCAUCUGUCAAAUUAAAAACUUUCCAGAAGAAAUAAAAAUGUUGACGUAAAUGAGCAACUAAUGACUACUCACCAUAAUAACUAAUAACAUUACUGACCUAAUCCAGCCGCACCAUAUCGCUGCUUCCUAAUCUCACGGUCACGGAGCUCACCUUCACCUUCCCUUUCUCUCACUGACCCCAACCAUCUGGUCAUCCAUUUUCCUCGACUUCCCAUCCCAGACCAGAAAACAAUUCCAAAUUGAAUAGAAGUCUCCGCCGCCACGUCAGCCGAUCCUCUCGCGAGUUCCCCUUUCUUCUCCGUCGCGGCCGCAACCCUUAAUUUCACCUCCAUCUACGCGAAGUCCUACUCUAAUUCAGUCAGUCAUAUUCACUCGAUUUUCCUGUUAGCUGUGCACUUGGACUCAAUAUUUUCAAUGGAGGAAGCUGGAGGAAUUGAAACCGUCCCGCCGCUGGUGAAGUUCAGAGCUGACUUUUCCAGAAUCUUCCAGCACUAUCUUGAUAGAUCAGCGCCUCUGCCGCUGCAGAGGUGGCUUGGGACGCUGGUUGUGGCGCUGAUAUACGUCUGGCGGAUUUACUCUGUCCAGGGGUUCUACGUCGUCUCGUACGGGCUUGGGAUCUAUGUCCUGAAUCUGUUGAUCGGGUUUCUUUCGCCGAAAGUUGAUCCGGAGGUUGAAGCUCUUGAAUCUCUUGAUGGAGCUUUGCCGACUAAAACUUCAGAUGAAUUCAGGCCGUUUGUUCGCCGGCUUCCUGAAUUCAAGUUCUGGUACGCCAUCACCAAGGCUUUUAUAAUUGCUUUCAUCAUGACACUGUUCUCCGUGCUGGAUGUGCCCGUUUUCUGGCCAAUACUCUUGAUUUAUUGGGUAGUUCUCUUUGUUCUCACUAUGAAGAGACAAAUUCUGCAUAUGAUCAAGUACAAGUAUGUACCUUUCGACUUGGGAAAGAAGAAGUACAAGGGGAGCAAGCGUUCUGAAGGUAGUAGUAGUAGCAAGUCGCGAGACUGAACUACAUGAAGAGCUGAUGCUUCCUUGAAACUGGCUGUGUUUUGCUCAACUGAGAAACUUGGAGUUUUCUAUCUGCUUGUAGGUUGAGGGGUGUUGGCAUGUCUUGAAGAUGGUUGCUAUCGGCAAGAAACGUCUUGAUACUCCCCACUCUGCUUACCAGAAAGUGUGGUUGUUAGCUUUUAGUUGUGCUCGUAGUUCAAACAAGAGUCGAUCCUUGUUGGGUGCUUUAUUGUAUUAAAAUUCUUCAACUAACAUGUCUGAAAGGUUGUCUUUGUUUUUUCGGGGUACAAGCGGUUUAUUGGGGUGUGUUUUAAAAGCGAAAUGGGUAGCAAAGUUACAGAAGAGUGUGAAAGCUACUGAAGUAUUUAGGGUCCCUUGGUCAAUUUUAUCCUUGUCGUCUUUUACACCGAAUGUUAUACAUACUUCGACGGUGAUGAAUUCCCUCUACCAAAAAAACUGGUUUGGUCAUUUGUAUGAUUCCACAUUAAUCAUUCCGCAAACUUGGACUUUUUCCAGCACUUUAUUUAAAAAAAAAAAUUACAAAAAUACCACCCAAUCCCAAAAUAUUCCAAAAAUACCUCCAUUUUUCGAAAACCGCCACCCCACCCUGCGGCAGUGGCGGAUCCAGAAGGUGGCCAUCCCGGGCCCCGGCCCAGCCCUCCUCUGGAUCCGUAGUUAGUAUAGGCCUUAUGAAUUUUUCGAUUUUAGAUAUUUGGGUCGUUGUUAUUUUAAAAUAAGAUUGAGUAUAAUUAGAAAAUAAUUCAAAUGAACAUAUUCAAAAUCA